AUGCAAGAAUUGAUUAAAAAGAGAUUCAAUGGUGUCUCUCUCAUCCUUCUUUCAAUUCUUCCUUUGAAUCAUUCUCUUCUUCAUUCGAAUAUUUGUCUUUUUUCUUUUCCUUAUUCAAUUAUUGCUUUCAAUAUUCUUGUGUUUCCUUUCAAUUUUUCUUUUCUUUAUUCAAUUUUACCCCCACUUUUAAAAAGUUUUGUUUAUUCAAUAUAUCUGUUCUCUCUUUCCCUCUUUUUUAAUCCUCCUUUCCAUUUUUUCUUUCUUCUUUCAAUCUUUAUUUCAUCUUCCUUUCAAUCGUUCUGUUUUUCAUUUCAGUCAUUCAUUUGUUUUUACAAUUCUUUUUCUUCUUUUCAUUCUUUGAAUUCUUUUCAGUCAUUUGAUUCUGUCUGUCAAGUCUUUUAUCUUUUCUUAUUCAUUUUUUCAUUUUUCAGUCUCUUUUCUUUCAAUAUUUUAACUCUUUCAUUUUUCAGUUGUUCCUUUUAG